CACACGCGCAUGAGUGCGCUCCCACCACGCCAACGUGCCCUACAGCAUGCUUCGUCGGCGUUUGACGACAAGCUCACUUCGCUCGACUCUCUGUUACUCCAGCGGACUGGUCGCCUUGGCGAGGCAAAGGCUUCUCGCACAAAGGCCACGCCGUCGGUGACAACGCUGAGCUCGACGCGGGCAAACGCCGCAAGCUCUUCACCGGCCCGCAAGGUCUCAGCCACCGCAUCACGAUGGUCAAGCCGUCCCAGUCCGGCCUUUUCUCCCGAUGCCGCUGGUGGCCCGCGCGCCAACGCCUCGUCUGUCUCGUCGCGCCUGUACCGGCGCAAUGAGCUGGUAGCCAAGCUGGCCGUUGUCCGCGCCGAAGCGCAUGCAAUGAUGCAAGUUGAUGUGGCCGGCAAGCUGCAUAAGCUUCGCCAUGACGAGCAGUUUCGUCGCUCGUUUAUCGACUCUGUCAAGGCUCAGCGCCGCGCCGCAGGCUCGCCGCCGCGAUCGCGCCGGCCCCGCCGGCUGGCUCCACUGCAUGGCAAAGACGACACUGUGUCCCGCCCAGCCACUCCGCCGGCUACCAAGAUCUCGUACAAGGCCUCGCAAGAACUGGCGAGUAGCACUCAGCUGAGUGACUUGACCGACUCCCCUCUGCCUCCUGCAAGCUGAGAUGGCUUGUCGCCUCCUUGUGCGUUCACUCGUCGCCGCCGCUGCCGCUACCUGAGCCCUCG